AUGGGCGCCAUAAGCAGUAGGGCGUGGUGGCUCAGGGGGCGUCGUGCCCCAGAAGAGCCAGCGGAAGAGCCAGGUGCGGCUCGAGAUGGGGAGGAGGCAGUAGAGGCGGAAGCAGCCCUGGGCCGAGAGGAGGGAGAGGUUCGACUCACCGCCAGUCAGAGUAGCCAAAGGCGGAACGUCGGCCUAAAAGGGCCACUGGCAAAAAGCCUUUGCCUGGAGUGUGCCGAGGGCAAGUCCAGGCCCAUUUACGAGGCGCUUUUCCUGAGAGGUGAGAACAGUGACGUGCAGAUACGCGCUUUGGGGGAAGAGUGGCGCUUGCACAGGGUCUAUCUGUGUCAGUCAGGAUACUUUGCCGGUAUGUUCAGCGGUGCCUGGCGGGAGACAAACAUGGAUAUCAUAGAGAUACAGAUACCUGAUGAGAAUAUUGAUCGUGAGGCCCUGCAUGAGGUUUUGGGCUACUUAUACCGCCAUGUUCUGCACAUCCCUCCCUACCGAGUCAUUGCCAUCCUGGCCACUGCCAGCAUGCUGCAGUUGGAGGAACUAAUUGGGCAGUGCGAGGAGAUCAUGAGGGAGACGGUCCGUGAACAGACCGUGUGCAGAUAUUACUACUCCGCUGAGAACUACGGCCUCCCCAACAUCAGGGCCAUUUGCCUCCAGUGGCUGUUGGACAACCUGUUGACACAGCACAGUGAGCAGCUAUUGCUAGAUGUUAGUCUGGAUCUCAUGAAAGAGCUCAUCUCCUCUUCAGAGCUCUUGGUGGUGGAGGUGGAGAUGGACAUAUACAUCAUGCUCAAAAAGUGGAUGUUCCUGCAGCUGCAGCCCACAUGGAGGAAUCCCAGAAGAGCGAUACUGCCAGAAGCAGACUUGUGGUUUGCCAGGCACAGGAGGGAGUCAGGGGCUGCCUCUUUUCUGGAGACGGAGCAGGGCAGAGCCUUUGUGCCAGUGUUCCAGCAGCUGCGGCUCACCUACAUAAUCUGUGACCUGCCUUCCUCACGAAUUACUGAACGGGAUGCGGUGAUCCCUGCCACGUGGUUGAGCCCUGAGUACAGAGAGCAGUGGCUUGCACUCCUCCAGGCCGAGCAAAGCAGGCAGCUCGGGCCCACAGAGGUCCACAUGUGCGACUUCCACAGAAGCAGCAUGCGAUGCGGAGGCCAGAUCUACAGAGAUGAGCGAUGCAGCUGGAAGUGGAGUGGCUUCAACGUCGGCUGGGACCUGGUGGUGUGCUACAUCAACAGGUGCGUUGUAUUGUGUCGCAGUAUGCCGGGCACGGCCUAUAGUCGUGAUGUCAGCUCACUCUGCCAGAGAAGAGUCGCAAUCCGAAUACGCCUGGUCUCCUUGGACAGGGCUGGAAGAGCCAUUUUCAGGAAGGACACAGGCUAUAAGCUGCUUUGCCUGAGAAAGGAUCAAGAACUACUGGUACUGAAUCUAGAGAACCAAGAUUUGGAGUUUCCCAUAUACAUGGCAUGUAACUUCAUGUACCUCCCCGGAGAGACUGGUACUGCCCGGGGUGAGGACCCGAGCAGGAGGCCAGAGAGCUGA